GUUACAAGUACAGGUAUAGUUCUUUAUUGUAAGGACAUCGGCAGUGUUUAUAAACAUUAAUAUCAUGAGUAAAAACAGCCCAAAAGAGUUAUUAGAGAUGGCCCGAGAAGCUAAAAAGUUUGCCUAUAACCCAUACAGCAAAUUUCGAGUUGGUGCAGCACUUGUAACAAAAGAGGGUCGAAUAUUCACUGGGUGUAAUGUUGAAAAUGUCGGUUUUACAUCAACAAUAUGUGCCGAACGAACUGCAAUAUGCAAAGCGAUAUCGGAGGGAUACAGAGACUUCGUAGAAAUAGCUGUUACAUCGGACUUGGAGGAUGAAAUAGUGACACCGUGCGGCGUAUGUAGACAAACUCUCAGUGAGUUUGGAAGCAAUAUUAAGGUAUACUGCUCCAAAAGCGACCUCGGUUUUGAAGAGUUCACCCUAAAAGAAUUGCUUCCACGGGCAUUUGAAAACAAUCACCUCGAAUCAUUUCAAGCAACGAUCAAAAACACUUCAGCCUAAACUAAAACUAUUAUACAGUAGGGUGGGGGAUAAUGGAACACUUUUUCAUUCUAUU